UACAUUAAAGUUCUCGCAUUCGUUAGCGUUAAACUAUGGUUCUCCCAUACCCUGGUAUACAUGAAUGAAAAUUCGGGAUAUCAAUUUGCCAAUCUGUUUGUACGAAAUAUUGAUGGAUUUGCUUGCACGAAAGAGAGGAACCCUUCGCAUUCAUACGGUGCAAGUUUGUCUUCAACGGAUAAGAUUAAUAAUACACAAUACAGAAUUAAGUAAACAAAGACUUUAAAAUUGCUGUAUAUGAAUAUUUUGACAGACAUUUCAAUGCAUGAGGUCAAUUUUUUUUCUUACAUGAAUCACAACAUCCGACACUUGAGUGAGCAGGUAUUUCCUCUGUUUCUUCUGAGUGAGCAGGUACUUCCUAGAAAUUUUUGCAGCUUUCCAAAGGCGAGCGCUAACGGAAUGAAAACACCAACGUUUUUAUCUAUGUUUAUACGUCAUGCCGUAGAUUUGAUUCUCGAAAUAAUGUCAAAAGUGCGCAGAAGAGAAGGGAAACUGAUGAUGGGGCAGGAUAACAGCGACUUUAACAGGGAAGAUUAAAGACGCUGAGAUUCGUUAUAAGAAUGACUAGUCGUUUCUAACGUUUAUGUUUCAACGACGGACCUUCUCGGAGUGCUUACUGGAGUCAAAGUUCGAAUUUUUUUCUUACAUGAACCACAACAUCCGAUACGUGAGUAAGCAGAUUUAGUUUGUCGUACCAGGAAGAUACCCCCAUUGAUGUAUUUCACAGAUCAGUUCGAUGUCUGUCUCCCAGCGGAUUUAAGGACCGGGCAACUAAAAGAAUGGAAAAAAAUAAUUUACCAAAGAAAAACCGACAGACCACGGCCUUUCAAAAGAAACUAACAGCGGACAAGUACACCACAACUCUUGGUUCCUACUGCGAGUGGGACCGAGAUGUUAACCUUGCACCACCUGAUUUUGUUGAGGAGCCGCCAGAAAACGAUAAACACAUUUACAACUAUUACGACGCCCUACAGUAUUCUCUGUACGAAACAAACUACCCGGAAACGGAAGACAGAACGAUGAAUCCCAGAACGUCGCCGCCCAAUACCGGGAUUUCCAUUGUCAUUUUAUCGUCCCCUGUGGAAUGUAUGGCCAUCUUGCUGGACGGAGGUCGGAGAUGUCCCGGGGAUAUGCUUCUUGUGAUGUCAAAGUCAUGGAUAACAGUAUCUCCAAGUGACCACGACCCAACGUUGAAUACUCUGUAUGUUCACAAAGCCAUAACAUUUGAUACAGGAGGGAGAUCGUUCAUUGACGUGUUUGAUCCACCCAGACGAGUUACAUACUUCGUGAACUUCUUCACACGUGCUAUUACGGAUGGUCAGACUGGGGAUGGAGAGGGGUUAGAGGUCAACCUUGACUGUCCGAUGUCCAGCUCGCAAAAGCUCGUGAAGCGAACUGAUGACAAGUUGUGGACGCGGGUCCUAAUGGCUGAAGCAGGUGUCGCUUACCCAGAAACUCUGGCCUUUGGCUAUAAAAUUCCAUACCAGUACAACGUACCAAAUGAUGCCAAAAUUAAGAUAAUUAAGUUCGUGUCCAAGGAGGGAAUAGACAAUAUUGUGCAGGAGGAAAUUCGGUCAUACAUAAACAGCCUUGACGAAAGUGUAGAUCGGAUUGUAGUCAAACCAUCCGGAAUAAGAUGGCAUGGCAGUAUGGGCGUUUCGUAUCACAGCAGAAUAGAUUCCAAGAGUAUCUGUGACGCUGCUAUUCAGGUUCUGCAGACUUUAGAUCCUGGCGACGGUGUUUUAGUUGAAGUCUUCUGUGACCCGUCUGAAGAAGAUAACGAAAUGAAGGACUUUUCCUUUCGUCUUCGCGCCAAUGUGUGUCGUGGUCCAAACAAUAAACCAGUCACAACCACCCUUAUUUGUGGAGUAGGAAGAAAAAAUUAUCCAAUCAAUGGUGACAACACAGAACCACAGUCAUUAGAAACUACUUUGAUUCAGUGGGGCCUUGAACAAGAAAGUGAGGAGAUAAUCGAAACUGUUAAGAAAAGAUCACAAAAUCUCCUCAGAAGCAUAAUCUACCAUGAAAAUGCGCUAACGGUGGCCGAAAAAGGAGGCAUCAAAGCACAAACAGACAUUAUAGGAAUUGACUAUUUCCUAAGUAAAAGAGGUGGAAAAUACGUCCCCUUUGGAAUAGAAGUCAACUCUCAUGAUUGCACCAUCAAUUGUCAGCUUUACGAGUAUCUGAAUCCGUAUCUGGCUGGAGAGUCCGUGGGACCACUGGUGGAAACGAUGAUUGAAAGAUCUCAAAAGUACAUGUUGCAGGGUAAAACCAUUCUAGUCCUCAACCUGGGCGUAAACAGCAAGAGAUUUAUACUGGAGGCUGCAGAAAAGGACAAAAUAAAGAUUGUUCUUGUUGACACAUUUCCAGAAGAGUUGGCUCCUAGCGUCAGCCAAUAUAUUAGGUACGAGUUUUCAGACCACCGUAAGGAUGAGGAACAUGCUGAGAAAAUAAUACAAAUUCUUCAACAGCAACACAUUAGAAUUGAUGGGUGCUGUACCUUCUGGGAAGACUGCGGGCCUCUAGCUGCCCUGAUCAACGACAGAAUGUGUCUUACAGGCGCUGGAGUGGAAAGUGCCAAGAUUGCCAAGAAGAAAUCCAAAACACACCAAACCUUGUCCUGUCGAACGGGGGAUAUUCCUCAUUUUCCUAGAACGUAUUUGUAUACAGAAAAAUGUGUACAUGUAAAUGACGUUGUCAAUCUGCCAGCGGCUGUUGCGGAAGUAGAUCUUCCUUGCAUGUUGAAGCUGGAGUAUGGGUCUAGUGCAGUAGGGGUGACGCUCUGUCGUGACCUUGCCGAAUGUAUCCAACAUUUCAACGACCUUAGAGACAAACUUACCUGUGAAUCUGAUUAUCCAGGAAUUGGACUCGGACACGGUAACAGCAUGAUGGUCAUGAAAUAUAUCAAAGGGACAGAGCAUGAUGUAGAUUUAGUAAUCUACAAACGAAAACUCGUUGUAGCCUUCGUGUCCGACAAUGGCCCUACUCGAUCAGGAUCUUUCACGGAAACUGCCGCAUGCAUGCCCUCAUAUCUCCGUCCAGAUAAGCUGGGUCAGCUCAUUACGGCAGCUUACCAAUGCUGCACGGAGAUCGGAUUGAAAAAUGGCGUCUUUAAUGUCGAAAUGAAAAUGACACCAACUGGACCAAAACUCAUCGAAAUCAAUGCUCGAAUGGGAGGCUUUUACAACAGGCACUGGAUCUUAAGGUGUUAUGGGGUUGAUAUGGUCAGGUAUGCUUUCAUGAUAGCAAAUGGAAUAAAGCCUGUACCUCCCAGGGUACAGCCCUCCUGUCAUAUCAUGGGCGUGAUGUGUGUACCAUCCGUACACACCGAAGUUUUUAGAGGCGAAGAAUUUAUGGACAAGGUGAAGGCCUUCAGGAAUCAAAGCGACGUCAUUUAUACUCUGAUUGAAGAUGAUUUGAGUCAUGCAACUUCUGAUGCUGAAGAGCCACUCUGCAACAUUGCAGUUUGCGCUGAAAGCAGAAGUUCAGCAAAAGAAAAGCUAUUGAAACUCUGUAACACUCUGAAAGUUACAAGCACAAAAUACGAUGUAGGACACUAUUUGUCAGAUUUCAGGUGACGUUUACAGUUUUCGUUGUAGUUCGUUUGUAACUUUUAAUCUAUUGAUUUGGCUUAGCAACAUCCUUUAUUCUUCAACGCCUUACUUGCUACGUAAAGCACUGUAAUGAUAUGAGAGCUUGCAGUUUUUGUUUAAAAUCUAUACUAAAACCAAGAGCCCCCUAUGAAUGUCUAAAUACUUUUUCUAUGAAGUCCCGUAGUGACUGAUCUUGACCUUUGGAUCACAAAAUCACUAGUGUCUUUCUCUCUUGAUAACAAAGCUACAUUUGAAGUAUAUGGAAUGAAUUUAGCAAAAAUUGUGACAUGAAGAGUAUUUACAAGCUUUCUCUAUGAAGUUCCGUAUUGACCUUUACCUUUAACCUUCUGACCCCAAAAUCAACAGGGCUUUUUCUCUCUAGAUGACAAAUCUACCUGUGAAGUAUCAAACUAACUGAGCAAAAUAUGUGUCUGUAGAGUAUCUACAUACACUCCCACACACGCUCACCCACACACGGGAACGGUCCCGUUUACAAUAUCCCCUCUCGCAAUGAAUAAUCAAAGGCGUGUUUAUCAAGUAGUGCAUCAAAUUCUAAGAAAUGAAUUUAAUAGCAACAUAUGUUAUAGGGCCAUAAUAUAACUUGGUGAAGAUUACUCUUUUAUACAAUGCUUCCUUGAUUUUCCCCCUUGAAAACACUUAAAUGCGUCCAUCUCAUGUUUAUACUUAAUUGUGUCCAUCUCGUGUUUAUAAUUUAAUUAUUUUAGUAUGUUUUCCUUACCAAACGUUUGAUUGUAAAUAUUAUUCUACAAGCAAAUUAUCUUUCCCCCCAUUUAUUUGAGAUUGUGAAUAAAUAGAGUCCGAUGACAUUAGCGCUAUUAUUCUCAAUCAUUAAGCAUUGUGUAUUAGUGGACUAAGCAUUGCGUACCUAUACUGGUAUUAAUUGUGCGCUGCAUGUUUGUUUAGAUGAGCUAUAAAUCUUAACGAAGGCCAUAGUAAAGAGGUAUGCCCAAUCCACGAUUUUUUUGUUAUUAAUGUUUUUAUUGUUGGUUUUUGUUCUUUUGGUUUUAUUUUGUGUUUUGUUGUGUUUUUAGCUCACCUGAGCUAAAAGCUCAAGUGAGCUUUUCUGAUCACCCGUAUUCCGGCGUCCGUCCGUCCGUCUGUCCGUCCGUCUGUAAACUUUUAACAUUUUUUACUUCUUUUCAAAAACCACUGGGCCAAUUUCAACCAAAGUUGGCUCACAGCAUCCUUAAGUAAAGGGAAUUCUAAAUUGUUAAAAUAAAGGGCCAGGCCACCUUCCAAGGGGAGAUAAUCAAGAAAAGGUAAAAAUAGAGUAGGGUCAUUAAAAAAUCUUCUUCUCAAGAACCACGAGGCCAGAAAAGAUGAAAUUUAUAGAUAAGCUUUGUUAGGUAGUGCAGAUUCUAAAUUGUUAAAAUCCUGGCCCCCAGUGGUCGGAUGGGGCCACAAUAGGGGAUCAAAGUUUUACAUACAAAUAUAUAGGAAAAAUCUUUAAAAAUCUUCUUCUCAAGAACCACUGAGCCAGAAAAGCUGAGAUCUAUAUGAAAGCUUCCUGAUAUAGUGCAGAUUCUAAAUUGUUAAAAUCCUGGCCCCCGGGGGUCGGAUGGAGCCACAAUAGGGGAUCAAAGUUUUAUAUACAAAAAUAUAAUAGAAAAAAUCUUUAAAAAUCUUCUUCUCAAGAACCACUGAGCCAGAAAAGCUGAUAUUUACAUGAAAGCUUCCUGAUAUAGUGCAGAUUCAAGUUUGUUAAAACGAUGGCCCCUGGGGGUCGGAUGGGGCCACAAUAGGGGAUCAAAGUUUUACAUACAAAUAUAUAGAGAAAAUCUUUAAAAAUCUUCUUCUCAAGAACCACUGAGCCAAAAAAGCUGAUAUUUACAUGAAGGCUUUCUGACAAUGCAGAUUCAAGUUUGUUAAAAUCCUGGCCCCCGGGGGUCGGAUGGGGCCACAAUAGGGGAUCAAAGUUUUACAUACAAAUAUAUAGGGAAAAUCUUCAAAAAUCUUCUUCUCAAGAACCACUGACCCAGAAAAGCUGAUAUUUACAUGAAAGCUUUCUGACAUAGUGCAUAUUCAAGUUUGUUCAAAUCAUGGCCCCUGGGGGUAGGAUGGGGCCACAAUAGGGGAAUCAAAGUUUUACAUACAAAUAUAUAGGAAAAAUCUUUAAAAUUCUUCUUCUCAAGAACCAUUGGGCCAAAGAAGUUCACAUUUACAUGAAAGCUUUCUGACAUAGUGUAGAUUCAAGUUUGCAAAAACUAUGGCCUCCAGGGGUAGGUUGGGGCCAUAAUAGGGACUGCGGUUUUACAUGCAAAUAUAUAUGGAAAGUCUUCUGAUAUGGACCAAGGUGACUCAGGUGAGCGAUGUGGCCCAUGGGCCUCUUGUUUUUUUUAUAUCGUCGACAUCGAUAUGUAUUUAACACAUGUAUUGUCUCAUCAACAUUUUACUCUUAUCUUGUUUACAACGUGGACUUCGCAAUGUUAAACGAUAUCAAAUCAACAGUGUGUCAACAUCGUACCCAUGAUACUGUUUACAUCAUUCACAUCAACAGUGUGUCAACAUCGUACCCACGAUACUGUUUGAAAGUGUGUCAACAUCGCGUCCACGAUACUGUUUGACAGUGUGUCAACAUCGUACCUACUAUACUGUUUGACAGUGUGUCAACAUCGUACCCACGAUACUGUUUGACAGUAUGUCAACAUCGUACACACGAUACUGUUUACAUCAUUCACAUCGCAUCUACAUGAUGACAACAUUGUCCGUUUUAUCUAUUGUUACAUGACAACAUUCUCCCUUUUAUCUAUUGUCACAUGUAACAUAUAUAUGUUAGGUUGUAUAGAAUAGACAGUUUGUUUACAGCUGGAUGAUCUUGUUUUUAUCGUUGUAUGGAAUGUAUAUAAAUAUUUGUAGUUCUGUUAUCAUCAACACGUCAAUAAAGUUAUACAACAUUCAA